ACGUGCGGCGGCGUUUCCGGAAAGAUGGCGGCCGUCGAAGCGGCUGCGGAGCCGGUAACGGUGGUGGCAGCUGUUAGUCCAAAGGCGAAGAACGAAGAGGAGGAGGAAGAGGAGUCGCUGCCACCGUGCGAGGCCGUGCGCUGGGCCCCCGUGGGGGCAGUGGCGGAGGCCGCGCCUGGGACGGCUGCGUUCUCGGAAGAGGCGGCGGCUGAGGAGCCCGGCGCGGCCCCAGGUUCCCCUCCGGACUCGCCCGGCCGGACGCUGAGGCGUCUGCGGGCCGAGCGGCGGCGGCUGGACUCGGCACUGCUCGCGCUGUCCUCGCACUUCGCGCAAGUGCAGUUCCGCCUGCGCCAGGUGGUGCGCGGAGCGCCCGCGGAGCAGCAGCGCCUCCUGCGCGAGCUCGAAGACUUCGCUUUCCGCGGCUGCCCUCACGUCCUGGGUUAUGGGGGACCCGAGGACCCCGCCGGCGAUGAUGGCGAUGGACUGCCAGGGGACCGGCCACGAUUGCGGGGCGAGAACCAGAGUGAACAGGAAAAACGGGAACGUCUGGAAACCCAAAGGGAGAAGCAGAAGGAACUUAUACUACAGCUCAAAACCCAACUAGAUGACCUGGAAACGUUUGCUUAUCAAGAGGGCAAUUACGACUCCCUGCCGCAGUCCGUGGUCUUGGAAAGACAGCGGGUGAUCAUAGAUGAAUUAAUAAAGAAACUGGACAUGAAUCUGAAUGAAGACAUCAGCUCACUGUCCACCGACGAGCUCCGGCAGCGUGUGGAUGCAGCCGUGGCUCAGAUUGUCAACCCAGCCCGAGUGAAAGAGCAGUUGGUUGAGCAGUUGAAAACUCAGAUCCGAGACCUCGAGAUGUUCAUCAACUUCAUCCAAGAUGAAGUGGGAAGCCCGUUGCAGGCAGAGAGCGUGCCCUGUGAGUGCAAGGCCGGUGGAAAGAUUGGAAGUGGCUCCACGAGAACAGGUGGCAGCAGACUCCCUCCAGGAAACAGCCAGACGAAGGCAGAAGACGUGAAGAAGGUUCAGCAGUCGGGGCUGCGCCUCAUGCAGCGUGCGCUGGCCAUUCUGCAGAUCUUUGCCGUGAGCCAGCUGGGCUGCGCCACGGGCCAGAUCCCCCAAACCCUGUGGCAGAGGGGCCAGGCUGAUGGGGACUAUGCCCCCUUACUGAAGAGGUUGGAGAUCUCAGUAGACAGGGUAAGGCAGCUGGCCCUGAGGCACCAGCCACACGACCAUGUCAUCACCUCUGCCAGCCUCCAGGACCUGUCCCUAGGAGGCAAGGACGAGCUGACCACAGCUGUGCGGAAGGAGCUGACAGUGGCCGUCAGGGACCUGCUGGCCCAUGGCCUCUACGCCGCCUCACCGGGGAUGAGCCUGGUCAUGGCCCCCAUCGCCUGUUUGCUGCCGGCCUUCUCCUCAGCCCCCGAGGCCAUGCACCCGUGGGAGCUCUUCGUAAAGUACUACCAUGCUAAGAACGGCCGCGCUUACGUGGAAUCCCCCGCUCGGAAGCUCUCCCAGUCCUUUGCCCUGCCAGUUACAGGAGGCACCGUGGUGACCCCCAAGCAGAGCCUUCUGACAGCCAUCCACAUGGUGCUGACGGAGCACGACCCUUUUAAACGCAGUGCAGACUCCGAGUUGAAGGCCUUGGUGUGCAUGGCUCUGAACGAGCAGCGCCUCGUGUCCUGGGUGAACCUGAUCUGCAAGUCAGGGUCCCUCAUCGAGCCCCACUACCAGCCCUGGAGCUACAUGGCACACACAGGCUUUGAGAGCGCCCUCAACCUGCUCAGUCGCCUCAGCAGCCUCAAGUUCAGCCUCCCCGUGGACCUGGCCGUGCGCCAGCUCAAGAACAUCAAAGAUGCCUUCUGAUGAGAGGGCCCGGCCCUGCGCCAGCACCUUGCUCCGUGGAGUGGGGGUAGAUGGUUAGUCUUUCGGGAUAGAAACAGAGGCGGAGGCGGGCUUACAGACAGUCUCCUCAGCCAAGGGACUGCACAGGCUGUUUUCCCCGCCAACUUAGCAUCUCCGAGAUGCCAGAGACCCACUCAUUCAAAGGUUUUGCCCCGGUGUGUGACACGUAGACACGUGUAUUUGAGCUGAUGCAAAAGAAAUCAGUUCUGGCACACAGUCACUGGACCUCCUGAUUGUGCCACAUCUGCUUUUUACAAAACCCAGGUUGCUCUAACCAUUCUCUUAAUGGUGGUUAGUGACAGGAGUGAAUUGUUGGUCCCGGGAGACACUGAGCUUGAGGCUCCUGUCGGUCGCGCAGGGAGCCGCACUCGUUCGCUUGGAGUAGGUUUGUGAGUCCUCAGGCCAGAAUUUAAAUUCCUUUAUGAGUACCGACACCCCUUUCCUCCUGACCCCGGCUCAGGGGAGGCUGUGUAUGCUCCACAGUUGCCUCUCAGACUUGGAGUGGGGAGAUCUGGGAACAGCGUUUCUGAGGGAGUUCACCGCAAGUUGAUUUCCAUGUGAGCCCUUUUUUGAGGGUCGGAACUGAAAUCUUGUUCUUGACAAGGUGGCCCCCUCUGCCCACAGCAGAGACAAUGGUCUUUUGGAUUUAGAGCUGGUUUAUUUAUGAGGAACAGCAAACGUUGUUGGUACCACGGCCUCUGGCAAAUAACCUUCCCUGUGCACAGGUCCCAGUAGGGCGCUGACACAGUCUUUGGGAAGUAGAUAUGCCAGAGGUAUACCCAAGAGAGAGAGCCCCUGCCUCCCAGGUCGAGUGUGAAUGGCGGUGUGCUGUAGUGAUCAGCAGCAACUCUCCCAGGGUUAGGAUUCCACUUGGCCCGGAGGCUGGAUGAUGGAGAGGGUCUGGUCACGCGGUAAGGACAGCAGUGGGAGUGGGACUACAGCAGAUCACUCUUGGCAGACAAGGGACUGAGCAUUUCCUCGUAAAACUGACUCGAGUGAUCCUGUCUGGUCUUCAGUGUUUUAGCCUUUUGAGUUCAUAUUUAUCAUCCAACUUGCUGACUGCUCCGGGACUGACCAAAGAUGGGCAAAGCGUAUCACUUUCUGGAAAACCAAAUAGGAUCUCAGUACCGCUGAUUCAGCCUUGUUUCACGUGUUCAGUUGCCAGCUGCACUUUGUGUCUGCACUAUUACGUAGUGCAUUUUAACUUAAUUUUUUCAGCGACAUGUUAUUUAAGAUGUAGGAUUGAUAAUUCAUGAGAAUUAGUCCUUCUGCGUGAAACAGGAUAAGUGUAAAAUGAGAAAAAUGAUAUAUCUGUGGUUGCUAAUAAAAUCAUAGUAUUUUAUGUAGCUUCUCUACAAAGAC